GGUUUUGAUACGCGUUUAUAUGACCGCAGGCUGAUCUGAUUGGGUGGCUGUAGAAAAAGGAAGUAAAAGUAUCUUUCGUUAUUUUCCUGCGGAGACCAGAGUAGGCGCACGUUUGUUCGUCCACAUCGUGACAUAUUCGACUGCAAGAUGUACCGAGGACUGUAAUUUGAGCGGUCGCACGCGCUUCCUGGUCCGUUGGGCUCGAGAGAAAAAAAUAAAAAAGUCUGCGUGUCCUUCACACAGCUUUAAAGAGCGCUGCAGACAGACACACAGACAUGGACCACACACCGCCACAGGACACACCUCAGAGCAAGGGCUCCGUUUUGCGGCACAGGGAACACAGCGAGGAGUCUGCCGACAAGAGGCCCGCUGAAAGCACUGCGUCUACCCCUCAGGAUGACAAGCGGGCGUUUAGAAGAGUGCGAAGUCCAUCCAGGCCGAGGUCAUGGUCAUCCAGUUCCUACAAACCCAAGUUCGGAGGGCGAUUCUACAAACCUCGGGAUGACCACUCAUUCUACAAACCUGGCUUUAGCAAACAGAGGUACCACCACUUCCAGCCCCGGGGUUACUUCCCCCGGCGAGAUCAUUUCCAGCCUAAACUUCACCACAUCGCACUGAGGGAGAGGGACCGAGAGAAGGAGAAGGAGCGGUAUGAGCAGAGGGAGAGCACUAAUGGGAGUUCACCCCCAAAACAAAACCCUACUAGGGCUUUCUUACCAAGGUCCACCUCCAGCAGAGACAAGGACGUGCAGUUCAUUGUUUGUCAGAACGACCGGAAUCAAAGCAGGGAGAGAGAUCACAGGGGGACCAAAAGCAAAGAACGAAGCAGAGACAGGGAGCUCCCUUCAGCUGCGAGCCAGACGGUGGCACGAGACAGAGCCAUCCAGCAGAAGAGGAGGGAGAUAGAUGAGGUGUACUAUCAGGAAUGUGAAAUGUUUGGCCUUGUGGCAAAGAUGCUGAUAGAAAAGGAUCAGUCCCUGGAGCGUCCCAUCCAGGCCUCGCUGCAGGAGAACCUCAAGGACAUCGGCAAGCGCUGCGUGGAGGCCAUGGAGAAAUUUAUAGAGGACUAUGACUCCAGGGAGCUGUCUCACUAAUCACACACACUCAUCAAGCCUGUCUUCCUAACACUGAUCCCACUGGUAAGGGUGUAGGAGAAUUUUAUUUCAGGUGAUUAAACACUGCUUUUGUGUUUGUUUUUUGUAUUUGCUAGUAGAAGUAAUAAGCUCUUAUUAAUACUUUCUUGCCUGCUGCCUGGACAAAGUUCCCCCUCCUCGCUGGUGGAAAAAUGAAAGAAAACUGGAAACUGGAAAUUUCAUAUUGCUUCUGAUUUUGAGAAUGUGAUGAUGAUGAUGAUGAUGCCAAAAUACACUGGUUGUAUGUGACGUUGUGAAGAGGUCGAAAAUGUAUUUUGACAUCCGACUGACGUGCUUAAUUUAUGAUCACUUGCUUUCCAAUAAUUUAAUUUUGUAUACAGCAUAUUAAACAUCAUGUGGUUAAAAUAUUUUCAGUGACUUAUUCCCGGGCAAGAUAAAUGAAAUCAUAGCAGGAAAUACAUUAAUGGGUCAGUAGGUGAGUAGGUCACACAUUGUUCUGAGUACAAAGAGGAAAUGCUGCAGAUUAAUUUCGAUGUUUGAGCUAAAGCCUGACUGAUACAGAAGCAUGGUAGAUAUUGGCUUAUCAUAAUAUUAGUAAUAUAAGUGUUGGUCACAGCUCUUAAAGGGGCACUCCACUGAUUUUAUACAUGAAGUUUACUCAUUAUGAGGAGUCCUACUCAAACUCAAGGCAUGGAUGAUGAAAAAUAAUGAAUAAUGCUAUUCAGCAGCAUUAUGGGAAUUGUAGGUUGUCAGUAAAAAAUCCAGUAUCUGUCAGACUCUAGUUUGAUCACCGGUGUCCCAAUUCCAUGCUAUAUGCUAGUUGUAUACAGUAUGUGCUAUAAACUGUAAGUAUAUUGUUGUUUUUACGGAAAAAAAGAAAAGAAAAAAUCAACAUUCUUCACCAGGAAAUUAUACAAAAUGUGCUCCAACAGAUGUCAGUCAAACUGUGACUUGGAAAGCCACCGACAAUUAAACUUCACAAAAGAGAAUACAAAAUGUUUUUCAAAGAUUUAAUACAUAUUCUUAU